UUAUUGUUCCAGUAGAAAAGCUCCAUGCACGGUUUCCCACAUUUGUUGCAAUGGCUACCGAGCAGAAACCACGUCCCACCUGAGAGGGAGCGGCUCGGCUGCAAAAAAGGACUAAAACCGGGCAAAACUUCCAACGCUGAGUGGGAAAUAAAAGCUCUUUACUGAGGGACAAUCUGUGGAUCCUGAAGACAGUGAAGACGGGGACGAGAACAGAAGUAGCAGCUCGAUCAGCAUGGUGGAACCAGCCGAGAGGCCGUCGGCGGCCGGACAGCGGCUGAGCGCUCCGGAGAGCUUCGGGGUGUCAACCCUGGAGCCCGGCCUCCGUCCUCCUGUCCAGCCUCCGGGGAGACAGGUGUCCAUACGGGUCCAGAUGCUCGACGACACACAGGAAGUCUUCCAGAUAUCGCAACGCUCCCCCGGCAAAGUGCUGUUCGACCUGGUGUGUGUGCAUCUCAACGUGGUGGAGGGAGACUACUUCGGACUGGAAUACCAGGACCACCGCAAGAUGACGGUGUGGCUGGAUCUGCUGAAGCCGACGCUCAAACAGCUCAGACGACCUAAAAACACCAUCCUCCGCUUUGUGGUGAAGUUCUUCCCUCCCGACCACACGCAGCUCUUAGAGGAGCUGACUCGGUAUCUGUUUGCCCUGCAGAUUAAACGCGACCUGGCCUGCGGGCAUCUCAUCUGCAACGACACCAGCGCUGCUCUCAUGGUCUCACACAUCAUUCAGUCCGAGAUCGGAGACUUCGACGAGACCCAGAGCUGGCAGCAUCUCCUGCACAAUAAGUACCUGCCGGACCAGGACGCCAUCAGAGACAAGAUCACCGACUGCCACCGCAAGCAUGUCGGGCAGACUCCUGCAGAGUCGGACUACCAGCUGCUGGAGAUCGCUCGGCGCCUGGAGAUGUACGGCGUUCGUCUUCAUCCGGCAAAAGACCGAGAGGGAACCAAACUCAGUCUGGCCGUGGCGCACAUCGGAGUGCUGGUUUUCCAGGGUUACACAAAAAUUAAUGCCUUCAACUGGUCCAAGAUUCGCAAACUCAGCUUCAAACGCAAACGGUUUCUAAUCAAGCUGAGAGCAGACCCCGCUCAAAGCGCCCAUCACGACACGCUGGAGUUCGCCAUGGCCAGCAGGGAUUGCUGUAAGAUCUUCUGGAAGAUCUGCGUGGAAUAUCAUGCCUUCUUCAGGCUGUUCGAGGAGCCCAAGCCCAAACCCAAACCCAUGCUCUUCACCAGAGGAUCCUCGUUCCGGUUCAGUGGUCGAACCCAGAAGCAGAUCAUCGAUUAUGUAAAAGACACAGAGCUCAAGAAGGUUCCAUUUGAAAGGAAGCACAGUAAGAUCCUGUCCAACAGCAGCAUGACGCCCCAGUCGUCCUCCUUCAGAUCACACGUGCCUAAAGAGAGUGCCACGUCUGUACAGUCAGUAGACCAGCCUGACUGCUCCAGACUGGGCCAUCGGGGCGAGUGCAACGGAUCAGAGGACCCGCCGGGGGCCACGUCCUCAACCACCAACGGCUUCCAUGAUGAACCGAUGGCGCCCGGAUCAAACCCGACUCAGCCCCGACAGACCUGUGGAUCGGCACCGGACCGCCAGUUCCUGAACCCAGAAAGUCCCGGGUCAGAGGACUCUCCGCAGGGUAGUCCCCAUGUGGUCGUGAACGGUACCGGCUCGGUAAACGGACAGGAGUCGGGCGGCGUUGCGAUCCUGGGUCAAAGUCCUGAAGCCCGGCAUCUGUCCCCGCUCACCAGCCCGCUGCUCACCGAUGCCGGAUGUAUCCGCAACGAGGACGAAGAGGAGGCGAGGAGGAAGAAGUUUCCCACAGACAAGGCCUACUUCAUCGCCAAGGAGCUGUUGACCACGGAGCGGACCUUUCUCAACGACCUGCAGGUCAUCACACAGUCCUUCCAGAGUGCUGCGGGGAAAGACGAGGCGUUGCCAGACUCGGUGAGGAACCUGAUUACUGCCAGCUACGAUCCGGUCCACAAGUUUCACCAGGGAUUCCUCAAGGAGGUGGAGCAGCGGCUGGCCCAGUGGGAGGGUCGGUCUAACGCCCACAUUAAAGGAGACUACCAACGCAUUGGUGACAUCCUCCUGAAGAACAUCCAGGGUCUCAGGCAGUUGACGGUUCAUCUUCAGAAACAUUCAGAGUGCCUGGUGGAGCUUGAACGCGCCUGCAGGUCCAGUCGGAAAGUGGAGGCCGUGUGUCGGGACUUUGAGCAGCAGAGGGUUUGCUACCUGCCGCUGAACAUCUUCCUCCUCCGUCCUCUGCACCGCCUGCUGCACUACAAGCUGAUCCUGGAGAGGCUGUGCAAACACUACCCCCCCACCCAUGAGGACUUCAGGGACUGUAGAGCGGGUCUCGCGGACAUCUCAGAGAUGGUGCUGCAGCUGCAAGGCGCCAUGAUGAAGAUGGAGAACUUCCAGAAGCUUCUCGAGCUGAAGAAGGAUCUGACCGGCAUCGAAAACCUCGCCAUCCCCGGGAGGGAGUUUAUCAGGCUUGGUUGCCUCAGCAAGCUCUCAGGAAAGGGUCUUCAGCAGAGGAUGUUCUUCCUGUUCAGUGAUUCCUUGGUGUACACCAGUCGAGGAAUGACCCCGUCCAACCAGUUCAAAGUGCACGGACAGAUGCCCCUGUACGGCAUGACGAUCAGAGAAAGUGAGGAGGAGUGGGGCGUCCCUCAUUCCUUCACCUUGUUCGGACAGCGCCAGUCUCUGGUGGUGGCAGCCAGCUGUGCGUCAGAGAUGGAGCGCUGGGUGGAGGACAUCAGGAUGGCCAUCGACCUGGCGGAGCAGAGCAGCAGCCCGACAUCCGACCUGCUGUCCACCAGCCCGACUGACAACAAGCUGUCGGAGGACGGAGGGAUGGAGCUGGAGUCGGAGGACGAGCUCUGCGGGUCGCGCUCUUCCCUUGAGCGCCAGGGUCAGCGUGGAAACACUACGGUGCACGUGUGCUGGCAUCGCAACACCAGCGUCUCCAUGGUGGACUUCAGUGUCGCUGUGGAGAACCAGCUGUCCGGGAACCUACUGAGGAAGUUUAAGAACAGUAACGGCUGGCAGAAACUCUGGGUCGUCUUCACCAACUUCAGCCUCUUCUUCUACAAGUCGCACCAGGACGACUAUCCUCUGGCCAGCCUCCCUCUGCUCGGAUACUCCGUCACCGUGCCGGCCGAGUCGGAGAACAUCCACAAAGACUACGUGUUCAAACUCCACUUUAAAUCUCACGUGUACUACUUCAGAUCGGAGAGCGAGUACACCUUCGAAAGGUGGAUGGAGGUGAUCCGCAGCGCCACCUGCUCCGCCAGCCGCCCCCUGCUGAGCUCCAGGAAGGAUUACUAAUGAAAAGACUCUUAUAAUUAUAAUUAUUACACACAGAAUCACUAUUAACACCUCCUAAUAGUUGAUUCACACGCGCAUCACACUCCCUGCACCACAAGUGUCUAUUUAGAGAUCCACAAUGUCCUUUUUCUCCAAACUGGCAACACCAAGUCUGUCUGGCACCCUUUUUUCCUUUACCUUUUUGUGCCGUCGAGUAUUGUUCACAUGCACACACACAUUUAAUAUUCAUAUCAUGUUUACAGCAGACAGGAUCGUAUCUUUGUGAGGAAAUACGUUGGAUUUACUCAACGUUUUUGGGACACUGAAGCAUGAUUUUGUGCACCGUGUUUUUUCAUUGGUUUGAAGGUAAAACUUGUAUAUAAAUAAGCAGGAUUUUACACUGUGUGCAUGUGAACACACUCGCAGUGUUUUCUAUAUAUAAUUAGAUUUAUUAAAUGUCUUUUUGUACAGUACUUUGAUACACUGUGAAAUGUUCUUUUUACCAUGUGUUCCUUUAAUUCCUGCUUCGUGUAAAAGGACAAAAAACUGCUUCCAACGCCGACAGAGAUUUCCCUGGUCCCUGUGCCAAAUAUCUUAUGUACUUCCUCAGUUUCUGGAUUUUAAUAUUCUAAAUAAAGAUAAGAGAAAAUGUGUUCAUAUGAAAAAACGGGACGACUCAAAGUCU